GCCCAGCAGACACCAGAGGAGGGGAGAAGAGGAGGAGGACGAAGUGGAGAGGGAGGAGAUGGAGCGAUCCCUUAUGUGACCUAUCAUUCCAUCCACGCACACAGUUUUCACCUAACAUCUGGUUCAAGUGUAAUGUUUCCAGCUCCAUACAACCUGUACAGCGUCUGUGCCCUCCCCCUCAAACGCAGCACCGUAUUAUGGUCCUCUAAUCAAGAGAACUGCGCUCCUCUCGCUGCGUGUCUGGUGGUUCAUCAGCAGACCAGUGAGUUAAUACUUCUUCACCAGACGGCUCUCCGGAGCAGCUGUUUAGAGGAAUCAUUAACCAAUGGCAACAGGAAUCCAAGGAUAAAGUGAUUUCCCUUCUGUUAACUCACCUGCCUUUGCUGAAGCCAGGAAACCUCGACGCAAAAGCAGAGUAUAUGAAACUGCUGCCCAAGAUCCUGGCGCACUCUAUCGAACACAACCAGCACAUCGAGGAGAGCAGGCAGCUGCUGUCCUACGCUCUGAUCCACCCGGCCACUUCCCUAGAAGACCGUAGUGCUCUAGCCAUGUGGCUGAAUCAUUUGGAGGACCGUACAUCGACCAGCUUUGGCAGCCAGAACCGAGGCCGCUCGGACUCUGUGGAUUAUGGACAGACGCACUACUAUCACCAAAGACAGAACUCGGACGACAAGCUCAAUGGAUGGCAGAACUCUCGGGAUUCUGGGAUUUGCAUCAACGCCUCCAGCUGGCAGGACAAAAGCCUGGGGUGUGAGAAUGGCCACGUGCCCCUCUACUCUUCCUCAUCUGUCCCCACCACAAUCAACACGAUUGGAACCAGCACAAGUACGAUUCUCUCAGGCCAGGCACACCACAGCCCUUUGAAACGAUCUGUAUCCCUUACCCCACCCAUGAAUGUGCCAAACCAGCCUCUAGGACAUGGAUGGAUGUCUCAUGAGGACUUACGAGCUAGAGGACCCCAGUGCCUCCCAUCCGAUCAUGCCCCCCUGUCUCCACAAAGCAGUGUAGCCUCUUCAGGAAGUGGUGGGAGUGAACACUUAGAAGAUCAGACCACUGCUCGUAACACAUUCCAAGAAGAAGGUAGUGGUAUGAAAGAUGUUCCAGCUUGGUUAAAAAGUCUCCGCCUGCACAAAUACGCUGCGCUGUUCUCACAGAUGACCUAUGAGGAGAUGAUGGCCCUCACCGAGUGUCAACUGGAGGCUCAGAAUGUUACCAAAGGUGCAAGACACAAAAUUGUCAUCAGUAUUCAGAAGCUCAAAGAAAGACAAAAUCUCCUGAAGUCUUUGGAAAGGGACAUCAUCGAAGGGGGCAGCCUGCGCAUCCCCCUCCAGGAGCUGCAUCAGAUGAUCCUGACGCCCAUCAAGGCCUACAGCUCUCCCAGUACCACUCCGGAGGCGCGCCGCCAUGAGCCUUCCCUGAUGGGCCCGGAGAACCCUGGCACCGACCGCAAAGAGAGUGCCACGGUGGCCAACAGCGUCACAGCCAGUGCCUCCGCCGCCGCGGCCGGCGCCAGCGGUGGCCUGCAACCACCCCAGCUGAGCCCCUGCGAUGGGGAACUGGCUGUCGCCCCUCUGCCCGAGGGAGACCUCCCCGGGCAGUUCACACGCGUCAUGGGGAAAGUGUGCACACAGCUCUUGGUCUCCAGACCUGACGAGGAAAAUAUAAGUUCCUAUCUCCAGCUCUUAGACAAGUGCCUCGUUCAUGAGGCAUUUACAGAGACACAGAAAAAAAGACUGUUGUCAUGGAAACAGCAGGUGCAGAAGCUCUUUCGGUCUUUCCCUCGGAAAACCCUUCUAGACAUAUCAGGAUAUCGACAGCAAAGAAAUCGUGGCUUUGGGCAGUCCAACUCCCUCCCGACAGCCAGCUCAGUGGGCGGCGGCAUGGGCAGACGGAACCCACGACAGUACCAGAUUGCCUCUCGGAAUGUCCCUUCUGCUCGCCUUGGUCUCUUGGGCACCAGCGGAUUCGUCAGCUCUAACCAGCGCCACACCGCUGCCAACCCCACCAUCAUGAAACAAGGAAGACAGAACCUCUGGUUUGCCAACCCCGGGGGCAGUAACAGCAUGCCCAGCCGUACCCACAGCUCCGUCCAGAAGACCCGCUCGCUGCCCGUGCAUACUUCCCCACAAAACAUGCUGAUGUUCCAGCAACCAGAAUUCCAGCUUCCUGUGACUGAACCUGACAUCAACAACAGGCUGGAGUCCCUGUGCCUCAGUAUGACGGAGCAUGCCCUGGGAGAUGGGGUUGACCGGACCUCCACAAUCUAGAAACUGAAGAUGAGAGUGUGACCGCGCUGGCCGUGAAAUCGACUGCUGCGGGCCCAGUGUCAGCCAUCUUCAGGGUUGCAUAGAAUCUUCCAAGACACUUUGCAGCCUUUUCCCCCUGGUCCCUCGCCCAUUUUGAUUUUGUGAGAGCGUAGGUCAUCCUUGUAAACAUAUCAGUAGACCUGG